AUAAAGCAAACCCUAGCCCAAGGAUCCGCCGCACGCCAUCUCCUUCUCUGCCGGAUCGCCGCCUCUGCCUCGUCCUUUCACUUCUGUUAUCGCCUCCGCCGGAGCACUGCCCUCAUCUCUCCGCCGGACCUCAACCAGCGCAAGCCACCUGCUUGAUUUUCCUUUUGUCCUUCGUUCCGAUAUCUUCUACUUCACGGUGUUUUGGGCUAGAAGGAAUCAACAAGAAAAUGGCUUCACGUUUCUGGACACAGGGUGGUGAUAGUGAUACUGAGGAGGAGGAACAGGAAAACAGCGAGUAUGAAGAUGGAAGUGAUGCAGAGCAACCUGCAGGUGAUAAUGCCGGUGCCACAGCUAGGAGCAGGUACCUUCGAGAUCAAGCCAGUGACAGUGAUGAUUCAGAUGGCCAGCACCGAGUGAUCAAGUCAGCUCGUGAUAAAAGAUUUGAUGAGAUGGCUUCCACUGUUGAUCAGAUGAAGAAUGCUAUGAAGAUAAAUGACUGGGUUAGUUUGCAGGAGAGCUUUGAGAAGAUCAAUAAGCAGCUUGAGAAGGUUGUUCGUGUGACAGAGUCUGUGAAGGUGCCAAAUCUUUAUAUUAAGGCCCUGGUGAUGCUGGAGGAUUUCUUGGCUCAGGCCUUAGCUAAUAAGGAUGCUAAGAAGAAGAUGAGCAGCAGCAAUGCUAAGGCCCUUAACUCAAUGAAGCAGAAGCUGAAGAAAAAUAACAAGCAGUAUGAGGAGCUGAUAGCAAAGUAUCGUGAAAAGCCAGAAAGUGAGGAUGAAGGGGCUGAAGAUGAAGAUGAGGACGAGGAUGAGGAGUCAGAGGCGGAGGAAGAUCCAUCGAAGAUUGUCAUGUCUGAUGAAGAGAAUGAUGAUGAGGAUGAUGAGGAUGAGGAUGAUCGUGAUGAGGAGGGUGGUGGAGCCUGGCAGAGAAAGACGAGCAAGAAGGAUAAACUUAUGGACAAGCAGUUCAUGAAGGACCCAAGUGAGAUCACAUGGGAUAUUGUUAACAAGAAGCUCAAAGAGAUUGUGGCAGCUAGAGGCAAAAAGGGAACAGGGAGAGUAGAGCAGGUUGAGCAGCUUACUUUUUUGACUCGUGUUGCCAAAACACCUGCCCAGAAACUAGAGAUUCUAUUUAGUGCCAUAUCAUCACAGUUUGACAUCAAUCCAAGCUUACUUGGGCAUAUGCCCAUCAAUGUCUGGAAGAAGUGUGUUGGUAACAUGCUUCUCGUACUUGAUAUCCUUGAGCAAUAUCCUAAUAUUGUAGUCGAUGACAUGGUUGAACCUGAGGAGAAUGAGACUCAGAAGGGUGCAGAUUAUAAUGGAACUGUCCGUGUAUGGGGAAACUUGGUUGCAUUCCUUGAGCGACUUGAUUCAGAAUUUUUCAAGAGCUUGCAGUGUAUUGAUCCGUAUACUCGAGAGUAUGUUGAGAGGCUUAGGGAUGAGCCCUUAUUUUUUGUGAUUGCACAGAAUGUACAGGACUAUUUGGAGAGGAUUGGGGACUUCAAAGCAGCUUCUAAGGUAGCACUGCGCAGACUUGAGCUUGUAUAUUAUAAACCUCAGGAAGUUUAUGAUGCAAUGAGGAACUUGGCAGAGCAAACUGGGACAGAAGAGGGUUUGGAAGAUGGUGAUGAGAGUGAAGAGAAGCAGUCUAUAGAGGAAAACAGAGGACCACCAGUUUUUAUCUCAAUUCCUGAACUUGUGCCAAGGAAGCCUACAUUUCCAGAGAGUAGUAGGACAUUGGUGGAUGCGUUGGUAUCUCAUAUCUACAGUUAUGGUGACGAAAGAACAAAGGCUAGGGCUAUGCUGUGUGAUAUAUAUCAUCAUGCUAUUUUUGAUGAGUUCUCUAUUGCUCGGGAUCUUCUAUUAAUGAGCCAUUUGCAGGAUGGCAUUCAACUCAUGGAUAUAUCUUCUCAAAUCUUGUUUAAUAGAGUAAUGGCACAACUUGGACUUUGUGCCUUCAGGGCAGGUUUGAUUCAGGAAGCCCAUGGUUGCCUCUUUGAACUGUAUCAAGGUGGUAGAGUAAAAGAGUUACUGGCUCAAGGCUUCUCCCAAAAUCGAUACCAUGAAAAAACUCCUGAGCAGGAGAAGGCUGAGAGGAGAAGGCAGAUGCCAUACCACAUGCACAUUAACCUUGAGCUCCUUGAAGCUACUCAUCUUAUCUCUGCAAUGCUUCUUGAGGUCCCCAACAUGGCGGCUGCUGCAUAUGACCCAAAGCGUAAGCCUAUUAGCAAGACAUUUAGGAGACUUCUCGAAGUGAACGAGCGCCACACAUUUGUGGGUCCUCCUGAGAAUGUUAGGGAUCAUGUCAUGGCCGCAACAAGAGCCCUUAGCAAGGGAGACUGCCAUAAAGCUUUUGGCGUCAUCAGUUCUCUUGACAUCUGGAAGCUUCUCAGGAACCGAGAAAGCGUAUUAGAGAUGGUGAAGUCCAAGAUCAAGGAAGAGGCUCUCCGAACUUACCUCUUUGCAUACUCAUCCUGUUACGAUACUCUCAGCUUAGAGCAGCUUACUUCUAUGUUUGACCUCUCUAAGGCUCAUGUCCACAGUAUUGUUAGUAAGAUGAUGGUUAUGGAGGAAUUGCAAGCAAGCUGGGAUCAGCCCACAAAGUGCAUUGUCUUCCACAACUUGGAACAAACCCGGCUCCAAAGCCUACUCUUUCAGAUGGCAGAUAAGCUUAUAAUUCUAGCUGAAAACAAUGAGAGGGCAUUUGAGGCAAGGACUGGCGGGGGGAUCGAGGGACUUCCACCAAAGCGAAGAGAAGGUAUGGAUUAUGCUACUUCUGGGGCAUCCAACAGGUGGCAAGAUAAUUAUGUUUCAGGAGCCUCGCAAGGCAGGCAGGGUGGUGGUUAUGGAGGCCGCCUAGGAUAUGGUGGGAGGACUGGAGGUUCGGCACAAGCUGGUGGAGGGUUUCAUAGAGAUCAUAGUGGACAUGGUUCACGGGGUGCCGGAGGGUAUUAUGGGGGUACGGGGCGGACAUCAUACCAUGCAUCAGCUCUGAGAGGUGCACAAGUGGAGGGUUCUGCAGGGAUGGUGAAUCUAAGCAGGGCUGGUAGAAUUUAAGAUCAACUACGUCCUGGCCAGGCCAACGACUUAUCUCUUUGCGUUCCAUAAAAGCUAAUUAUUUGGCAUUUUUGUUUGUCUUUUGAUCUGCUUGCAGCUGAUGGUAAUGAGGACUUUGCAUUGUUGUGUUUACCAAGUGACAUUUGUUUCCCUAUGUAAUUCAGCUACAAUCCUACAUGCUCAGUGAUGGUUCUCUUUCUCAA